GACAAGUCCCUAUUACGAAUCCCCCACACCCUGUAGAUACCAGGCACUAGCAACCUACCAAAUCUGCACGCAGGGUCGCGCGAUUUUCCUUGCUCGAGAUCUUAGCUGGAUUCAUAAAAUUACGCCGAGCCAUGUUUAUCGAUAACCAGGGCGGUGAAAGCUCCGUCGGGCAUUUAGCUGCGAGCCCCGCCAGCCUCACGAUACGCAUAUUCUGGCUAAAUGCAAAGGUCAGCUUCUCGCGCGUCGGCCCGAUGCCAGACGAUCCACCUCUGCGAACGCCGCCGCCGCCAUUGUCGCAUGACAGCUCCACCGCUCAGGACAACAGCUCCCGACGAACAAUCACCCAAAACAUUCAAAAUGGUCCUCCUGAACCUACUGACACUGGGCCUCUGGUCAAAGCUGGGACGACUGACGCACUAUGCCUUUGACGCCGUGCUUGUCUCGGCUUUCCUCGCCGGAAUGAAGCGCUCAACUGGCUUGACAUUCAAAACCGACCGUGUCGCCGGCGAGAGCAAAGAAAUGAGCAAAUGGAUCGACAACUACCUCGGCGUCGGCGAAUGGGUGAUGGACCAGUCGGUGGCCAUUGCAGGGAGCUCGGGGUAUUUUGAGCGCACUCGAUGAGAUAACGAUGUCAGGAUGGCGUUGGGUCAAGGCGUUUGGGCUGUUACUGGCGAAGACCGAGAUGUAUGAGUGCUCUCCCGUUGCUCUUUACAUUAUACU